CGUGAAACAAGUAUGGAUUCAUGUGGCCAUACAGGCAAGUUGACCUCCCAGGAAGGAAAACUCAGCCUCCGCUCCAUAACGAGUUCAUCAUGUAUCUGCAUCCACCCUCUUUGAUGCCAACACAAUCUCCUUCUUUCUCUCUAUUUAUCCUUUUUCCUCUAUAAUUCUCCCUCAUUCUUCUUCUCCUCUUUCUUUAGAGCUCAUGGGGGUUCUCCCAUCAGACGCUCCGUCAGGACCACCCAGUCUGACUGCACGCCGAUAUGCCUAUCACGAAUACACUUCACACACAGAGUCCCAUCAAGACCACCAUGGUGUUCUCUCUCGGGAUUCCCUUCUCAUAAUCAUCAUACCCAUCAUCUCAAUUGUUUUGGCCUUCGCCGUAUGUCUAUUUGUAAUCCUACUCCGCAAACUUAGGUCUGGGAAAAACAAUGGCACCGGCAAAAGUAGCAACGACAACAGUAACAUCAACAACAUCAAACUUUGUAGGUUCGGUGUUCACAGAACCAGAAGUUUCAGUGCUAGUCCGGAUGUCAAGAGUGGUUGUUUUUAUGGAGGAAAUUCAGGUCAUAUCCCUUUAGCCAAAUUUAGAGGAGUGCAAGUCUUCACCUACAAAGAGCUGGAAUUGGCAACAGAUGGAUUUAGUGAAGCAAAUGUGAUAGGCAAGGGAGGACAUGGGGUGGUGUAUAGGGGGACUCUGGGUGAUGGGACUGUGGCAGCAAUCAAGAUGGUACACAGAGAAGGAAAACAAGGGGAGCGUGAGUUCAGGAUUGAGGUGGAUUUAUUGAGCCGACUGCAUUCCCCCUAUUUGGUGGAGCUACUGGGCUACUGUGCAGACCAACAGCAUCGGCUUCUGAUAUUCGAAUACAUGCCCAAUGGCAGCCUCCAUCACCACAUCCACCGGACCCACAAGCAAUAUCAACCCCUGGAUUGGGCAACCCGGCUAAGGAUUGCGCUCGAUUGCGCUCGAGCACUCGAAUUCCUCCACGAGCUUGCAGUCCCAACAGUCAUCCACCGGAAUUUCAAGUGCAGCAACAUUCUAUUAGAUCAGAACUUGAGAGCCAAAGCUUCAGAUUUUGGGUUGGCCAAGACAGGUCCCGACAGGAUCAAUAGUCAGAUCACAACCACUGUGGUAGGGACCACGGGAUACCUUGCGCCUGAGUGUGCUUCAACUGGUAAGCUAACUGCAAAAUCAGAUGUCUAUGGCUACGGGGUUGUUCUUCUAGAGCUCCUAACAGGUCGUAUACCCGUCGAUACAAAGCGCCCUCCUGGAGAGCAUUUCCUUGUCUCAUGGGCUCUUCCAAGGUUGACCAACAGAGAGAAAGUUGUAGAAAUGGUUGAUCCAGCUCUAAAAGGCCAAUAUUCAAAGAAGGAACUAAUUCAGGUAGCUGCCAUUGCUGCUGUUUGUGUUCAACCAGAAGCUGAUUACCGACCUCUCAUGACUGAUGUUGUGCAGUCUUUAAUCCCACUAGUUAAAACCAUCCCUUCUACUUAUACCUCUACCUCCUCCAGAUUCCAAACAAUAAGCCCGAGGUCUUAAUUCAUCAUGGAAGCUGCAGAAACAUCAAACGCCAUGGUCUUUAGGCCCCUGGAGAGCUCUUUCUAGCUUGACGAAAAAUCAUCACAAAUGCGGGGACAUAGGGCUUAAACUUUUACCUGACAAAAGAAAGUCUUACGGAAUAUCUAAAUCUGGUGGCGGUUCAGCAACUAAGUCCUAUAACAUAAGUUCUGCCCACUCAUUCCAGAUGAAUAUUUUGUAUGAUGAAAUAUACUGUUGAGCAUUUAAGUUACAUUGUAAAAAUGUAAUAAAUAUGUUAUUUCCUUGCUGCCAUAAUUAGGGGUUUAAUUUGUUGAUAAGAUUGAACAAGAUGUGGUCUUGACCAAUGUAUUGUGUUUA